AUAAUACCCUUUCUGAAAUACUGAAGAACUGCAUGUAGAAAGACAGACUGCAAGACAACGGUGGACAACCAUGUUAACUGCUGUGAUACUGAUGAUCAUCUGCUCCACUGCAGAUCUGUCUGAGGUCAGACUGGUGGACGGUGAUGGUCUCUGCUCUGGGAUACCUGAAGUCCUUCAUGAAGAAGAAUGGAGGAAACUGAGCAGUAACUACAUUGAAUACAGGGCUGUUGAGUUGCUGUGCAAAGAGCUUAACUGUGGAGACGUAAUCAGCGCCACAUUUAGAAGCAAUUUCAGAGACAAGCAUGGCGAUCAACCUGUAAUUGACCUGGACUGUGAGGGCAACGAGUCAGCUCUUUCAGAGUGCAAAAAAUACCGCUCACCCAUCCACCCCGAUUAUCGCAACAUCAGCGUUAUCGUCAGCUGCUCAGACUCUGUGAGGCUCGUGGAUGGGGCUGGACGCUGCUCUGGGAGAGUGGAGGUGAAGUCCCAUCAGUCCUGGACCUCAGUAUGUGAGGCUGACUUUGACCGGCAGGAUGCAGAGGUAGUCUGUAGGGAGCUGGACUGUGGGACUCCACUGACUCUACAGGGGGCGCUCUUUGGAGAAGGGAAACAUCCAUUUGGAACCAAAGAAUUCCAGUGUAAAGGCACAGAGAACCAUCUCCUCACCUGUAGUACCUCAGACAAAGAGCACAACUGCACAUCUGGCAAAGCUGUGAAUCUCACCUGUUCAGGACCUGACGAUGUGAGACUGGUGGGUGGGAGCGGUCGCUGUGCUGGGACGCUGGAGAUGCUUCAUGGUGGAGAAUGGAGGGGAGUGACUGCAGACAGAUGGUCCUUGAAAGAGGCUGCUGUGGUGUGCAGACAGCUGGGCUGUGGUUCUGCUGUUAAAUCUCCAAUGAGUGUAUCUGGAGGAGACGAGACCGAAUGGGGUUUCCAUAUCGCCUGUAAAGGAUCCGAGUCUGCAGUGAAAGAAUGCACAAUGUUGUACAGCUCGAAGAUCAGAUAUCCUGUUGGAGUCGUCUGUUCAGACUCUGUGAAGCUUGCAGAUGGAGCUGUGGGUCUCAGCUGUUCAGAACCUGAUGAAAUGAGACUGGUGGAAGGGAACAGCCGCUGUGCUGGGAGAGUGGAGAUGUUUUAUAACGGACAGUGGAGAAAAGUAGGAGCCGAUGUCUGGAACAUAGAUAAGGCUGCUAUGGUGUGCAGACAGCUAGACUGUGGCUCUGCUCUGGCAGCUACAAAGAUAAAAUCUGAUGGAGAUGUACCUGAAGUGGGUGUUCUGAUUUCCUGUAGUGAUCGAAAAAUGAAGAAAUGCCGUCCUAUGAGAAUUCGGCGUAUUGAAUAUCUUGCUGGAUUGAUCUGUUCAGAGUUCCUGUUGCAGCCCAACAUCUCUGUUUCCACUCCGAUAAGAGAGUCUAGGAGCCUCCAGGGGCCAGAGGUCUUCAACGGCCACAGCUUCACCAUUACUUGCUCCACUCAGCCGCAGUACCCAGGAGGAUCCUUCCACCUCACACUGCCCAGGACCGGCAGAAGUGACUCCCAGGAAGCUGUCAGUCACUCAGCCUCCUUCCUCUUUCCUACUGCCGCUGAUUCCCACCAGGGGAACUACAGCUGUGUGUAUGAGAACCAAGUGAGCUUUCAGACUGAUGCAUUUCAAGAUGUGGAUCAGAUGUAUUCUAAUAGCUGGUCUCCUGGGCCUUUCAUCUAUAAUUUCUCCUCUGAGAGUAAGCCUCUCUCCCUCAUCGUCACAGAUUUAGAUGGGGCAGCUGCAGUCUAGUCGGAGGGCACAGAGAAGAACUUCCAGCAGCCAAAUGCUGAGGAGCAGUAGAGAGUGCCUGCAGAAGAGCUUGGAUUAAGAGAAAGGCUUUUAUAGAAUUUUUUUAAAAGUAAUUUUGGGCUGUUUAUUUUGGUCCAUUCGUCAUGAAAUUACAUGCAAUGUAAAGAGUAACACGCUUUUUCAAAAUAUGUCAAACUGAAAAACGAAAAUGAAUAUGCAAGGUUUUGUUCUGUUAGCAGCGAAAUGCUUCUACUCAAAUACUCAAUGUGUAUUCAAAGAUUAUACAGACCUUUAUUAAAUGUUAAUAUGGAUCUUAAUUCUGGAAUGUUUAUCAGCACAUUGAAAUCCAGUCUGUUUAAUACUCCAACUUACAUAUACAUAUUCAAGUGCAUACCUCCUCACAGAGGAGCCAAAACAUUAUGAUCACCUGCCUUAUAUGCUGUUGGCUUGGCGCAUGCCACAAAAGCAGCCUUUACCUGCCAAGGCAUGGACUCUACAAGAUCUUUUGAAGGUGCUGCAGGGUAUCUGCUAUCAAGACAUUAGCAGCAGAUCCUUUAAGUCCAAGUUGUGAGGUGGAACUACUGACAAUCAGACUUCUUGUAUGAACAGAUGCGCAAUCAGAUUGAGGUCCGGGGAAUUUGUAGGCCAGGACAACAUCUUGAACCCUUCAUGUUCCUCAAACUGUUCCUGAACAAUGUGUGCAGUGUGGCAGUGUGCACUAUCCUGCCACCAUCAUUGGGGAAUAUCAUCACCAUGAAGUAGUGUACCUGGUCUGCAACGAUGUUUAGACAGGUGGCAGGUGUCAAAUUUAAUGUCCACAUAAAUGCCCAGACCUACAACUUCCCAGCAGAAUGUGGGCCAGAGCAUCACAUUCCCUCCACUGGCUUGUCUUUUUUUCCACAGUGUAUCCUGGUACCAUCACUUCUCCAGGUAAACAGCACACAUGUUAAGCUACCCGUAUUAGUCCCAUAACAGGGAAAUUUCAUCUCCCCAUUUAACCCAUCCAUGCAGUGAAACACCACACACACACACACUAAUGAAUGCACACACUAGGGAGCAGCGAGCACACUUGCCCAGAGUGGUGGGUAUCCCUAUCCGCAGCGCCCGGGGAGCAGUUGGGGAUUAGGAACCUUGCUCAAGGGUACUUGAGUCAGGUACUGUCAGCUCAGAGGAUUGACCUUCCAGUCCCAAGACUGGUUUCCUAAUCUCCAGCCUACGACUGCCCCCAAUGUACCAGACCAUCCAUGUGAUGUAAAAGGAAACAGGAUUGAGGUGACCUUAUUCCAUCACUCCAAGGUCCGGUUCUGACACUUGUCUGCCUGUUGGAGACACUUUGGACUUUCUCCCAUGUGCAAUAAAUCAACUAUUAGAACCAUCUGUUCUGCAUGUUAUACCACUUACAGUCUAAUAUAUCCCAGACCUUGAAAGGUGCCACUCUUACAAGACUGUCAACAUCAUUUGUGAGUGGUUGUAAUGUUUUGGCUCAUUGGCUGAUUUUCCAUUUUGUAUGUUUCCUUUUAGUUGUAAAAGCUAAACUAAACAUGUAUAACAACUUCAUUAUGAAAUAAAGCAUUUGUAAACAAA